GUCCUCUCACUCCUGGAGAAGAUGCAGACACAGGAGAUCCUGAGGAUGCUGCGGCUGCCCGAGCUGGGUGACUUGGGCCAGUUUUUCCGCAGCCUCUCAGCCACCACCCUGGUGAGUGUGGGUGCGCUGGCUGCGAUCCUCGCCUACUGGUUCACUCACCGGCCAAAGGCCUUGCAACCACCGUGCAACCUCCUAAUGCAGUCAGAAGAAGUGGAGGACUGUGGUGGGGCUCGGCGAUCUGUGAUCGGCGGUGGCCCUCAGCUGCUCACCCACUACUACGAUGACGCCCGGACCAUGUACCAGGUGUUCCGCCGAGGGCUCAGCAUCUCAGGGAACGGGCCCUGUCUUGGCUUCAGAAAGCCCAAGCAGCCAUACCAGUGGCUGUCCUACCAGGAGGUGGUGGACAGAGCCGAGUUUCUGGGGUCUGGACUGCUGCGGCACAAUUGUAAAGCUUCUACAGAGCAGUUUAUUGGUGUUUUUGCACAAAACCGGCCAGAGUGGAUCAUUGCAGAGCUGGCCUGCUACACGUAUUCUAUGGUGGUGGUCCCACUCUAUGACACCCUGGGCCCUGGGGCCAUCCGCUACAUCAUCAAUACAGCGGACAUCAGCACCGUGAUCGUGGACAAAGCUCAGAAGGCUGGCCUACUGCUGGAGCACGUGGAGAAGAAAGAGACUCCAGGGCUCAAGCUGAUCAUCCUCAUGGAGCCAUUCGAGGAAGCCCUGAGAGAGCGGGGGAAGAAGUGUGGGGUGCUCCUCAAGUCCAUGCGGGCUGUGGAGGACUGUGGCCAGGAGAACCACUGUGCUCCUGUGCCCCCACGGCCUGAUGACCUCUCCAUAGUGUGUUUCACAAGUGGCACGACAGGGAACCCAAAAGGUGCGAUGCUCACCCAUGGGAACGUGGUGGCUGAUUUCUCUGGCUUUCUGAAAGUGACAGAGAAAGUGAUCUUUCCGAGACAGGACGAUGUGCUCAUCUCCUUCCUGCCUCUGGCGCACAUGUUUGAGAGAGUGAUCCAGUCUGUCGUCUACUGCCACGGAGGGCGUGUCGGCUUCUUCCAGGGAGAUAUCCGCCUCCUCUCAGAUGACAUGAAGGCUCUCUGCCCCACCAUCUUCCCAGUAGUGCCACGACUGCUGAACCGGAUGUACGACAAGAUCUUCAGCCAGGCGGACAGCCCAAUAAAGCGCUGGCUCCUGGAGUUUGCAGCCAAGCGCAAGCAGGCCGAGGUCCGGAGUGGGAUCGUCAGGAAUGACAGUAUCUGGGAUGAGCUCUUCUUUAAAAAGAUCCAGGCCAGCCUUGGUGGCUGUGUGCGGAUGAUUGUUACUGGAGCAGCCCCCGCAUCACCAACAGUCCUGGGAUUCCUCCGGGCCGCUCUGGGCUGCCAGGUUUAUGAAGGUUACGGCCAAACUGAGUGCACAGCUGGAUGCACCUUCACCACACCUGGCGACUGGACCUCAGGGCACGUAGGGGCGCCUCUGCCCUGCAACCACAUCAAGCUCGUCGACGUUGAGGAACUGAACUACUGGACCUGCAAAGGAGAGGGCGAGAUAUGUGUGAGAGGACCAAAUGUAUUCAAAGGCUACUUGAAAGAUCAGAACAGGACGAAGGAGGCCCUGGAUAGCGACGGCUGGCUUCACACUGGAGACAUUGGCAAGUGGCUACCGGAAGGAACUCUUAAAAUUAUUGACCGGAAAAAGCACAUAUUUAAACUUGCUCAGGGAGAAUAUGUUGCACCCGAGAAAAUUGAGAACAUCUACAUCCGAAGUGAGCCUGUGGCACAGAUCUAUGUCCAUGGAGACAGCUUAAAGGCCUUUUUGGUGGGCGUUGUUGUGCCUGACCCUGAGGUGAUGCCCACUUGGGCCCAGAAGAGGGGAAUUGAAGGGACCUAUACACAGCUCUGCAUAAAUAAGGAACUGAAGAAAGCCAUUUUGGAAGAUUUGGUGAGGUUAGGAAAAGAAAGUGGACUCCAUUCUUUUGAACAGGUUAAAGCCAUUCACAUCCAUUCUGACAUGUUCUCAGUUCAAAAUGGCCUGCUGACACCAACACUAAAGGCUAAGAGACCCGAGCUGAGGGAGUACUUCAAAAAACAAAUAGAAGAGCUUUACUCAAUCUCCGUGUGAAGUUCAAGGAAAGUUCUUCUCAGUAUAAUGGACUGUGUAGCAAUAUUAUAGUUAUUCCUGAAAGGAACACGAAAAUGACACAGCUGAAAAUGAUUAAGAACCUGAUUUUAUGACUGAGCCUCUACCUGUUCCAAGAGAUCUUUAACAAUAUUUUCUCUAUCAUCACUGAG